AGCCUUCCUCGCCUGGAGGUAUAUAAGAGCGUGCACCACCAGCCACACCUCGAAGGAGCUUCAUUCCACUUCUGUAGGCUUUACAGUUGUUCAGAAGUUUAGGACAGAAGCUAACCUGACAACUCCCUCCACCAUGGCUAACACAACCGGACCCCAGGUGGCGUUCUACAGCGCUGGUACGGCCACAUACGGCUACCCUGAAGGGACAACUGUUGUGGACUUCGUGCCAGAACAGGUCAAGUACCUGGUCAAUGAGCACUGGUACAACUUCCCUCCAGUUAAUCCAAUGUGGCACUACCUCCUAGGCGUCGUCUACCUCUUCCUUGGCGUGGUGUCUAUCCUGGGCAAUGGCCUUGUCAUCUACUUGUACAUGAAAAGCCAGGCCCUCAAGACUCCCGCCAACAUGUUGGUGGUGAACCUUGCUCUCUCCGACCUGAUCAUGUUGACCACCAACUUCCCCUUCUUCGCCUACAACUGCUUCUCCGGCGGCAUGUGGAUGUUCAGCGGCACCUACUGUGAGAUCUACGGUGCCCUCGGUGCUGUUACUGGCGUGUGCAGCAUCUGGACCCUCUGCAUGAUCUCCUUCGAUAGGUACAACAUCAUCUGCAAGGGCUUCAACGGCCCCAAGCUGACCCAGGGCAAGGCCACUGCCAUGUGCGCUACUGCCUGGAUCAUCUCCGUUGGCUGGUGCCUUCCCCCCUUCUUCGGCUGGGGCGGUUAUUCCCUGGAGGGCAUCCUGACCUCCUGCAGCUUCGACUACCUGUCCCAGGACAUGAACAUCGUCAGCUACAACAUCUGCAUCUUCAUCUUUGACUUCUUCCUGCCUGCUGCCAUCAUCAUCUUCUCCUACGUCUUCAUCGUGAAGGCCAUCUUCGCCCACGAGGCCGCCAUGCGCGAACAGGCCAAGAAGAUGAACGUGACCAACCUCCGCUCCAACGAGGCCGAGACCCAGCGUGCUGAGAUCCGCAUCGCCAAGACCGCCAUCGCCAACGUGUCUCUGUGGCUCCUGUGCUGGACUCCCUACGCCCUCAUCACCCUCCAGGGCGUGAUGGGCAACAUCAACGGAAUGACUCCUCUCAUCACCACCCUGCCCGCUCUGCUGGCCAAGUCCUGCUCUUGCUACAACCCCUUCGUCUACGCCAUUAGCCACCCUAAGUAUCGUCUGGCCAUCACCCAGCACAUGCCCUGGUUCUGCGUGCACGAGAAGGACCCCAAUGACGUUGAUGAGUCCCAGUCCACCAACACCCAGACUCAGGAGAAGUCAUAAGCAGUGUGGCCAUGGACGCCCCUACCGCUGUCUGGAGAUGCUGACAAUCCUCCUCCUUCAUGAAUCUUCCGCUCGUUCCGGCGGGCACAAAACGACUUCACUACGAAAAUCUCCUGCUCAAUCCUUGACAGUCGAGGCCUCUAGCAGCACCUUACAAUAAAAGAAUCCUUGCAAUUCCA